AUGCCUACGUUACCAUUAUUAAAUCCCAACGAAGAACGCGUUGAAAUUUUUUUAACGGAACUGAUGAAAAUCAAUUCCUGCACUGGGAAUGAAGAAGACCUAUCGGCUGCUUUAACAGUGUAUUUCAAGGCAACAGGAUGGCAUGUCUUGCAGCAACCGUUGAAAAGUGACCCAAAAAGACAUAAUCUUUUGGUUACUAAGACUCCAUACAUAGCUCCAGGGCCUCGGUAUGUGCUGAAUACUCAUAUGGAUACAGUUCCACCGUAUAUUGCACCAGCAUACGAUGGCACUAAAAUUACAGGGAGAGGAGCAAAUGAUGCGAAAGGACAACUGGCAGCAAUGAUAUUUGCUGCCCAAAAAAUAGCGAAAGAGGAUCCCAACCUUGCUGAAAACAUCGGUCUGUUGUUGGUUGUAAGUGAAGAACUUGAUCAUAUUGGCAUGGUGGAAGCAAAUAAUCUAGGACUGGUUCCGGAAUUUUUUAUGAUCGGUGAACCAACGGAAUUGAAAUUUGGUCGUUUACAGAAAGGAGCAGUGAAAGUAGUAUUAAAAGUUCAGGGCAAAGCGGCACAUUCUGGUUAUCCUCAUUUGGGUGACAGUGCUAUCGAUAAGCUACUGGAUAUUCUACAUGAUAUCCGAACUCAUGAGUGGCCAUCAGACAAAACAUUUGGAUCAACAACCGUCAAUAUUGGCCUUAUAUCAGGAGGUGAAGCGUUAAAUGCGUUAGCGGAACAUGCCUCAGCAGCUAUUUUUUUCCGUGUAACCACAUCUACUGCUGAUAUUUUGGAACAGUUGGAAACUAUUGUUGAUGGACGCGCCAAAAUUGACCAAUCGUUUGGUAAAAAUGAACCAAUAUUUCUCACAGCUCCACCACCGCCUUACGAUUCGGAAGUGGUCGCAUUCAAUACCGAUUUACCUUACUUCAUAGCUCGUGAUAAAUUGAAAGCAGCAUACUUAUUUGGAGCAGGCUCGAUAACAAAUGCUCAUUCCAAAGAUGAACAUAUUCUUGUGGAAGAUCUUAAGAAAGCAGUUGAAAUUCAUAUCUCUGUUUUCAAGUAUACUCUCAAGACUGCAAAUAUUUGA